CCCGGCCCGUCGUCAGAUCUCGCCUUCGCCGACCCCCUAGGCGUCGUCGAGGAUGCUCGUGCAGGACCGCGUCUCGCCGCACGCGGCCGUGGCGGGGGGAGGGGGCGGGCAGAAGACGCCCACGUCGCCGCGGGGGGUGCCGGGCGCGGACAGGCGGCACCCGCGGCCGUUCGCCAAGAACCUCGACUUCGCCACGUGGGCGUCGGAGCACUCCUCCAAGCUGCUGCUGCUGCUCUUCGCGGUGGCGUCCGCGGCGGCGGUGUACCUCCUGCGGGGCGCGGCGCCCGACGCCGCGUCGCUGCUCUGCCUCGACCGGUCGCGCUCGGCCUCGUCCUCGGGGCCCGCCAGGCUGCCGUACCCGGACGUCGCGUGGUCCGCCGUCCCGCCGAUGGCGAUCGCGGCGGGGACGCCGUUCGCGUCGUUCCGCGCGGAGAGGUGGAUCGUGGUCUCCGUCUCGUCCCCGCCCACCGCGGCGCUCGGGGCGCUCGCGCGCGUCAAGGGGUGGCAGCUCCUCGCCGUCGGCAACUCCCACACGCCCUCCGGGUGGGAGCUCAAGGGCGCCAUCUUCCUCUCCCUCGAGCUCCAGGCGCAGCUCGGCUACCGCUCCGUCGACUUCCUGCCCUACGCGUCCCACGUCCGCAAGACGGCCGGCUACCUCUUCGCCAUCCAGCACGGGGCCAAGGUGAUCUUCGACGCGGACGACCGCGCCGAGGUUCCAGGCAACGAUCUGGGGAAGCAUUUCGAUGUCGAUUUGGGAUCUGGGGUCACCAACCACCCCGUGUUGCUGCAGUACAGCCACGCGGAUCCGAACAGGACGGUGGUGAAUCCCUACGUGCACUUCGGGCAGCGUUCCGUGUGGCCGCGGGGGCUGCCGCUGGAUAAGGUUGGGGAGGUGGCUCACGAGGUGUUCUACACCGAGGUGUUCAGUGGCCGGCAAUUCAUUCAGCAAGGGCUGUCAGAUGGAUUGCCCGAUGUGGAUGCUGUGUUCUACUUCACAAGGAAGCCACCAACUGCAGCGUUCGAUCUGAGGUUUGAUGCAGAGGCACCAAAGGUGGCACUGCCACAGGGCACGAUGGCACCAGUGAAUUCGUUCAACACAUUGUUUCACACGCCGGCUUUCUGGGGCCUCAUGAUGCCAGUGUCAGUAAGCUCCAUGGCGUCAGAUGUGAUCCGUGGAUACUGGGCGCAACGGAUCUUGUGGGAGAUUGGUGGGUAUGUGGCUUUCUACCCACCGACUAUUUACCGGAAGGACCAUAUCCAGGCCUAUCCGUUCGCCGAGGAGAAGGACCUGCAUGUGAAUGUGGGUCGGUUGAUCAAGUUUCUGAAUGAGUGGAGGUCAAACAAGAGAACACUGUUUGAAAGGAUUCUUGAUUUGAGUUAUGCCAUGGCUGAGGAAGGUUUCUGGACAGAGCAGGAUGUGAGAUUAACGGCUGCCUGGUUGCAGGACCUGCUUUCAGUUGGUUACAGGCAGCCUCGGCUCAUGUCGUUAGAAAUCGACAGGCAGAGAGCAACCAUUGGAGAGGGUGACAUGAAGGAAUUUGUGCCCAAGAAGCUGCCAUCUGUGCAUUUGGGGGUUGAUGAGAUUGGUACAGUGAACUAUGAGAUUGGAAACCUGAUUAAGUGGAGAAAGAACUUUGGAAAUGUUGUGUUGAUCAUGCAUGUUAGUGGGCCUGUGGAUCGCACAGCACUCGAGUGGAGGCUUCUAUAUGGACGGAUUUUCAAGACAGUUAUCAUACUAGCUGAACAGAGCAACAAGGAGCUUGCUGUUGAGCACUGUGCGCUGUCACAUGCAUACAAGUUUCUGCCCAAGGUAUUUGCAAGAUACGGCGGUGCUGAUGGAUUUCUCUUCCUGCAAGACCACAUGAUUCUUAACUACUGGAACCUGCUGCAGGCUGACAAGGAAAAACUUUGGAUAACCAACAAGAUUGCGCACUCUUGGGUUACCGUUCCGUUGGAGAGUAACAAAGAGGAAUGGUUUGUAAAGCAAGGCUCAAUGGUUAAGCAGGUUAUUGGCAGUUCCCCAGUUCAUUUCCAGACAAACUAUAAAGAAAGCAUGGGCGAAGAUAAGAUUGCAUUCUGUGGCAGUGAGCUUUUUUACAUACCGCGUCAGUUUGUUGAGGAUUUUGGUGACCUCGUGGGGCUUGUUGGCGACUUGGAAUUGCACCAUAAAAUUGCUGUCCCAAUGUUUUUCCUAGCGAUGGAUUCACCUCAAAAUUUUGACUCCGAUGCUCUGGCUGGAACAGUGUUCAGGACCAACUUGGCGGGCAACGAGACUUUCUCAAGUAUUUAUACCGCUCAAGCACCUGCUGUUUUCCCACUGAAAGUACAGAACGAGAUUGAUUUUAUAAAGCUUAUCCGGGUUAUGUCCACGGGAGACCCUCUUCUAAUGGAGUUGGUAUAAUACAUAUUCUGUAGUUGAAACGAAACUUCAUCCUUGUUGCAGUGUGGACAGGGUAGACAGCCAUAGUUUUCUGUUUUCAAGGGGUUCUCCAUUGUUGUAAUUCCAUUUAUUCUGUUUAUUUUGUAGCUGUUUUUUUUUCUCUGAUGUUGUAUAUUGUUGUAUCAAUAGUGACAAUGUUACUGAGGAUCAUCUUGGUCCAGCUGCCCUAGUGAAGGAAAGGACAGCUAAGUUUACUGAGAA